AUGAAAUGGCAGGACCCCUCGAACACAAAAGAAACAGCUCAUUGGAUCUUGGACUCGGGGGCGAGUUACCAUAUGGUGAACGACUACAGCAUGCUCAUCCACCCGAGAACUUGCCGAAAGCGGAUAAUUACCGCCGGAAGCGAGGUCUUGGAAGCGGCAGCUAUAGGAGAUGCAAGCAUAUCAACAGAUUACGGGGAAAUCUCUCUGCAAAAUGUAUUGUAUGUAAAGCACCUUAAUGUUAACCUUCUGUCAACAAAUUCAUUAAUGGAUGAAGGAGCACGAGUGAUAUUGGACACAACCGGCGGCCAAAUUUUUCUAACAAACGGCAUGACACUUAAGAUUGCAAAGAAUCGCGAGCGAGGACUUCUGGAGUUCCGAGGCGACACAUGGCAAGAAAGCGCGAUGGCCACAUCAGCACCAUUGUUUGAAGGUGUUGAUGAGGAGUUCGAGCAUAUUGAGAAUGAGCCGAAAGUUUCAAAACAACAACUAUGGCAUGAGCGUCUCGGGCACCCAGGAAGAGAUAAAGCUAAGGCGAUCACAACCAAGUUAAAGGAUAAGCAUACCAUGAAAUUGGAUCCAAACACCGCUCUGACGUGUGAGCAGUGCGUACGAUCCAAGAGCACAAGCGCUCGGAUGGGGAAAGGUAGCGGCGAAAGAGCCGUAGGGCCCCUGGAUCUUAUCCACGUCGAUCUAAUAAUAGACUCGUCCCACGUGACGGAGUACACAUGCACGUUGGUGCUGGUCGACGAUCAUAGCAAGUAUGUGUAUGCACAGCCAUUGACACGAAAGAGUCAUGCCUUUAUGCAACUCAAAAGGAUUGUUUUGUUCCUGGAGACACAGACGGAUCCGAAGCUAAAAGCGAUCCGAUCCGAUCAAGGAACGGAAUGGAAAAGCAAUGAUGCAUUAGAAUGGUCGUUAGAAAAGGGCAUAGAGUGGCAAACCACCGUAGGGUACAACAGCAAACAAAAUGGACGGGUAGAAAGAAUGAACAGGACCCUUGGAGAGAAGAUGAGAACGUUGCUAAUGCAGAGGAGACUACCGAAGAAGUUCUGGCCAUACGCGAUCAGAGCUGCGGCGUUCAAAAUAAACCUCACUCCGAGCGUUGAUAAUGAAUUCCCUUAUCAAGCGAUGUUUGGCAAGUCGCCGGAACGAGCUUUAAAGCUCCUACGAGUGUUUGGUUGUCUGGCAUGGGUAAACGUACCCAAAGUUAAACGGGACAACAAGAAACUGGACCAGCGAGCCGUCGCAUCCAUUUUCUUAGGGUACAGUCUAGAAAGGAAGGGCUGGCUCUUCUACAGCCCGGACUACAAUCCGAACAUCUUCUGGAGCAACUCAGCAAAAUUCAUGGAAUCAAAGUGCUGGUCAGACAGAACAGAGUGGCGACCGGUUGACACAAAGGCACCCCCAAUGAUGAUGACAGAGGAAAAUUUCGAAGAUCUAGGAUACAAUAAAGAAAAUAUAUUCGACGAAACAGAUGAAGAGCCACUAUGA